ACCAAACUCCAGGAAAACGCAGCUGAGGGCGCACGAUGGAGCGGGACGCGUUUCUGGCGUGAAGACGGAACUGUGCGUGGACAUGGGAUGUUCUCCUGCGUCUGGAAGAAAACGUGAACUUCUAACAGGAGAAAACUUUGUAGCCACAUGUUUGUUUUUACAACCGAUUGAAUCAAACACGAGUGAAAUGAUAGUUUGACUUUUACGCACGGAUGGAAACGCGCACGGCGGAGCUCGCUGCUCGGUGAAGCCGCCAAGGAUCCUCGAUAGUGUCGGCACUUCAGAGCAAACGGUGAACUACCUUUUGAUCUCUCUUCGGUUUUCCCGCGAGCGCCAGUGAGAGUCCCCGGUAGAAACAUGGCAGAGCACGAGAGCCUGGAGUUCGGGAAAGCGGAUUUUGUGCUGCUGGACAACGUGUCUCUGGAGGAGUUCAUGGCCAACCUCAAACUCAGGUUUGAGAAGGGGAGGAUCUACUCUUACAUCGGGGAGGUGGUCGUGUCCGUCAAUCCUUACCGUGCCAUGAACAUCUACGGCCGCGACACCGUGGAGCAGUACAAGGGCCGCGAGCUGUACGAGAGGCCGCCGCACCUCUUCGCCAUCGCCGACGCUGCGUACAAAGCCAUGAAGAGGCGGAACAAGGACACUUGUAUCGUCAUCUCAGGGGAAAGUGGAGCCGGAAAGACGGAGGCAAGCAAGUACAUCAUGCAGUACAUAGCUGCCAUCACUAAUCCCAACCAGAGGGCUGAGGUCGAGAGGGUGAAAAACAUGCUGCUCAAAUCCAACUGCGUGUUGGAGGCCUUCGGAAACGCCAAGACCAACCGCAACGACAACUCCAGCCGCUUCGGCAAGUACAUGGACAUCAACUUUGACUUUAAAGGAGAUCCCAUCGGAGGCCACAUCAACAACUACCUGCUGGAGAAGUCCAGGGUGAUUUUCCAGCAGGAAGGAGAGAGGAGCUUUCAUUCCUUCUACCAGCUGCUCCGAGGAUCUCCAGACUCCUUGUUACGCUCUCUCCACGUCCAGAAAGACCCGACAGCCUACAACUACAUCAAAGUUGGAGGCCAGAUUAAGUCGAGCAUCAACGACGGCGCUGAUUUCAAAGCUGUGGCCGACGCCAUGAAAGUGAUCGGUUUCACCGGGGACGAGAUUCAGACUGUUUACAAGAUCCUGGCCACCAUCCUACAUCUGGGAAAUAUGACGUUCGGGGUGGACGGUGACGUGACCUUGAUAGAGAACACAAAGCUGGUGUCUGUGAUCAGGGAGCUGCUGUCCACCAAGGAGGAGAACGUGGAGAAGGCCCUGCUGUACCGCACCGUGGCCACGGGUCGAGACGUGAUUGAGAAGCAGCACACGGCGCAGGAGGCCGGCUACGGACGGGACGCUCUGGCCAAGGCCAUGUACGAGCGUCUGUUCUGCUGGAUCGUCGGACGAAUCAAUGACGUAAUCGAGGUGAAAAACUACGACGCCAGAGUCCACGGGAAGAACACGGUCAUCGGGGUCCUGGACAUCUACGGCUUCGAGAUCUUCCAGAACAACAGCUUUGAACAGUUCUGCAUCAACUACUGCAACGAGAAGCUGCAGCAGCUGUUUAUCCAGCUGGUGCUGAAGCAGGAACAGGAAGAGUAUCAAAGAGAAGGAAUCCCCUGGAAACACAUUGAUUACUUCAAUAACCAGAUCAUCGUGGAUUUGGUGGAGCAGCAGCACAAAGGCAUCUUCUCCGUUCUCGACGAGGCCUGCAUGAACGUGGGCAAAGUCACCGAUGAGGUUUUUCUCCAGGGCCUCAACGGAAAACUCGCCAAACACGCCCACUUCACCAGUCGCAAGCUCUCCCCAACCGACAAGAGUCUGGAGUUCGACAGGGACUUUCGUAUCAGGCACUACGCAGGAGACGUGAUGUACUCUGUGGUGGGUUUCAUUGACAAGAACAAAGACACGCUGUUCCAGGACUUCAAGAGACUGCUGUACAACAGUUCUAACCCGGUGCUGAAGGGGAUGUGGCCUGAGGGCAAACUGAGCAUCACCGAGGUCACCAAACGGCCGCUAACCGCCGCCACGCUCUUCAAAAACUCCAUGAUCUCGCUGGUGGAGAACCUGGCGUGCAAGGAGCCCUACUAUGUCCGCUGCAUCAAGCCCAACGACGUUAAAUCCCCCCUGCUGUUCGAGCAGGAGCGCUGCCGCCAUCAGGUGGAGUACCUCGGUCUGUUGGAGAACGUCAGAGUGCGGCGCGCCGGCUUCGCCUACAGACAGACGUACCCUCGCUUCCUGCAGAGGUACGCCACCGUCGUCCAACUUCCUCCUUGUUUCUCGAUCCACCACAUGUUGAACAAGUCUUUUUAUGUGCCUCUGAAUAUUUGA